AUCCUGAUGGUGGGACUGGACGCUGCUGGGAAAACCACCAUCCUCUACAAGCUGAAACUGGGAGAGAUCGUCACCACCAUCCCCACCAUCGGGUUCAACGUGGAGACGGUGGAAUACAAGAACAUCAGCUUCACCGUGUGGGAUGUGGGUGGACAGGACAAGAUCCGACCCCUCUGGAGGCAUUAUUUCCAAAACACCCAGGGGCUCAUCUUCGUGGUGGACAGCAACGACCGGGAGCGGGUGAACGAGGCGCGGGAGGAGCUGAUGCGGAUGCUGGCGGAGGAUGAGCUGCGGGACGCCGUCCUCCUCGUGUUUGCCAACA